AUCGGUCUCGCCUGUUCAAUAUUUCAGCUGUUUCUGCUUCGCUUAUCAGUAGGGUUUGUUUGAAUGAUGAUUUGUAUAAAACAACCAUGGAUUUCAUGAGUGAUUUGAUCAAGAAGUGUGAAGCUUUACCAACUGUUGAAACAGCUGGUACGGGUGGAUCGACCAACUGUGAGAGUGAUGUUCCAGUUCGAAAUGUGAAGGGGUUUAAGCCUAAGAAGGAUUCAUUUAAGCCUUCGAAACGACCUAUUACAGAAGCUGAGAUUGGAAGGGCGGCUAGUAGGAAGAAGAAAAAGACUAGCAGAUUGGAAGAGGAGAAAUUGAAGGCUGUGGAAGAAAGUUUGAAGUUGAAGUUGUGAUAGUUGUUUGAAGGCUGUGGAGUUUUAUUAGCUGUUGAAGGAUGUUGAUUUUUAUGUGUUUCUUGCAUAUUUGUUUUGUUUUGAAGUAGUAUUGAUCUGCACAUGUGAAGGACUUAAUGUUUAG